AUGGUAGAUCAUUUUAUGACUCUUCUUAAUCACUUGAAUUUAGAUAAAGUUUUUAUCAUUAGACAUGAUUGGGGUAUGAAACCUGCGAGUCGUAUUGCUCUGUAUGAACCUGAACGAACAUUGGGUCUUGUCCUUCUUAGUGCUGCUUACAUGCCACCAAGCAUAUUUGAUCUUGAUCAAGCAAUAGUGAAUUCAGCAGCAUAUUGUGGAUAUGAUGCGUUAGGUUAUUGGAAAUUCUUUGAUUCGGAUGAUGCUGCCACAAUUAUUGAAAAUAAUUUAGAAAGUUUCAUUGAUCUUGUCUAUGCCAGCAAUACAACGCUUUUCAAGACAGAAUUUACUUCCACUGGAAAGAUGCGACAAUGGUUAAUCAAUAAGUAUAGAACUGAUCGAGCUUUUUAUAUGACAGAUAAUUAUUAUAAUAUCGUGCGUCAAUAUCUUACGAAAGCAAUGCAACCAAAAUUGAAUUGGUACAGAUCAACUAUUGCUAAUGUUGAUUGGAAAGACGAAAAAAAUAUUGAUCCAACUAUUCGACGUCCAAUUCUCUUUAUGAGAGGAAAGCAGAUCGAUAUCUGUCAUGAAACAUCUCUUCCAAAACAAAAUUCAUUUACGCCUGAUAUUGAAAUAAUUGAUUUCGAUACUGGUCAUUGGUUAAUGGAAGAGCAGCCUGGAGCAAUUAAUCAAGCCAUCGAAGAAUGGAUUAAAAAAAUUCUGUAA